AUGACGCCGUGUGUUAACUCUUGCCCUACUUCUACUAUCAAAGUUAAUGCUCCCGUUUUCACAUCAUACUCACAAGCAGUAGAAAUCGGAUCUUCUGUUUCGCCGUCUGUUUCGCAUGAUAUUCGCAUGCUCUCUGCCGAUAAUGCUGCUAGUAUCUCCAACAUCUCUCUUGAUGCUGCUAAGAUCACAACAUAUACGCAUAAAGAUGACAACAAUAAAUGGCUCAUAAAGCCAUACAAUAGAGACUCAUUUGCUGAAGUAAAAUAUGUUAUGAACGGAGAUCUUAUAAGACUCGAGCACGUCGCCACGAAGAGAAAUUUACACUCGCACGGUGAGCAGGCGCCCCUGACGAAACGACAUCUACAAGUCACCGGUUAUGGCGAGGAGGGACAAGGAGAUGCUAAUGAUAUUUGGCGAGUUCAUUUGGUUGAUCAAAAACUAAAUGCGAGUAUUAAAACCGUUACAACACAGUUUUUGUUAAUACAUUACCUACAAAACUGCGCACUGACUGCGAGCGGAAGGCAACUACCCAAAUGGGGAUUUGAGCAGCAGGAAGUUUCCUGCAACCUCAACAUAAGGGAUCAGAAUGCUUAUUGGAAUGUCGAAGAUAACCUUAACAAAAAAUUACCGAGUAUCAAUUUAAAUAUGUAUGCACCGGGGUUUAUUUCUCGUUUAAUGGAAUCUCACGCAGUCAUGUUUCAAGGAAACGCUGGACUUAAACCGAAGGAAGGCGAACUAACUAGCAAGCCUUGGCAAUGGCCAAUUAAUUACCGGGGGCAAUUCUUUUCUGGAAGCUCUUAUCGUAUAUAUCUGUUGGGAAAUCCUAUAAUCUGGUGGAGUAACUUGUUUUUCCUGUUUACCUUUUUGGUUGUUUCUUUGGUAGCAGCUGUAAAGCAACGUCGUUUGGAAGGCCAACAGCUUCACCUGCAAUUACGAAAACAACAGACGUCCAAUCCAAAGGUUUAUAAAACAAGAUUUCCAAAUGACGAGACUGUAGAAAUGCAAAGGACAUAUGUGAAAGCAGCCACUGUGUUUUUUAUGGGAUGGACUACUCACUAUGUUCCAUUCUGGACAAUGGGUCGUGUCCUUUAUUUUCAUCAUUAUUUUCCAGCCGUAAUAUUCAACUCAUUGUUGGCAGGUGUAAUGUGUAGAUAUAUACUAAGCUAUUUACCAAAGUGGCUCCAGCACAUCCUUCUUGGUGGAAUGAUAUCUGCACUGGCCUACAGCUUUGUACAAUUCUCACCACUUGCCUACGGAAUGAGCGGGCCAUUUGCAAAUGAACUGAAUUCGACAAUGCAUGGAUUAAAAUGGCUUUCGUCUUGGGAAUUUUGAUUAACUCACUCGUAUUAAGUACAAAUACAUAGAUAUUGCACUAUGCACUUUAUUGUUAAGCUUGUGCUUAUAUAGUAUGCUGAAAUAAUCAAAUUUUUCUAUUAAUCUUCAGUAUGACUAACUG